AUGGAGUUCCCGGACAAGGAGGUCAACGACCCGCAGUCGAAAAUUUACGGCUGGGAGGAGUCCCGCGUGAUCCAGGCGUUGCGGAACCAUGCGGGCGGGCGCAUCAAUGCCAAGCGCCUCACUGUCUGGGCGCUCACGCUGAAGGACUUCGAGCCGUGGUUCAUCAACGAGGUGCUCGUGAAGAUCCUGCCAACGCUUCGCCGCAACGGCGUGCUCUGGAUCGGCAAGACCAGAGUGGGGAAGUCGACUGCGUCAAAGACCCUUGCAUUCUUGAUGUCCAUGCUGGAGAUCGACGCCCUUGAGGGCGAUGAUGGGGAGGGCGCCCCCGAGCCUUCCAUUGUCACCGCCAAGCACUUUGAUUUCUUCAAGGGCGAGCACGUGGAGAGGGUGCUGCCCGCGGUGUUCGACGACGGGGACUUGCACAAGCAGGACGCGUCCGUGUUGAAGGCGUUCCUUAACCCGAGCGAGGAGGACUCCACCUUGUGGGCGAGGUGGGGGUCCAGCACGUUCGCCCCAGGGGCGCCCCGCCAGGCAGUGAACAACAGCUACGAUAAUGCAUUGGAGAAAAGAUUGGUGGCAGCUUGGCGCCAGGGGCAAGCAAUGGAGAUUCCGCCCAAGCAGCUCAUGAAUCUCAUCGCGCCCUCCCUGAAGCAGGUCACAGAGGAAGAGGACAUGAAAGCCUUGCUCGCGAGGACCCACGUCGUCGUGACCACGGACGCGCGCGUGUACUUCCGCCUAGCAUCCGAUGAGUUCCCAGAAGACGGAGUCGCGCCCUUCUUCACAUACACCAAGAAGACGAAGCCUGACCUCUUCAAUUACUCGCCCGAGGCGCGCGCGUGCUUCGGCAGGUACAAAGACGACCCAACUUCGUCGAACAACUACCCGACCGACUUCAAGGAGAAAUCAGAAUGGUCUCUGAAUUUCGCGAAGCGCCUGAUGCGCGGCGAGGACGCGCCCACCGUGUCGAUCACCCGCGGUGCCUCGCUCUUCGGGCAGCCCGUGCACAGCGUCCAGCCAGAGGUCGUGCCCCUGCCAGUGGGCGGUUCAGGCAGUGGCGCGGCUUCUUCGAGCGGCUUGUCAGGGCCAUCUGCGGUCGCUGGCAUGGGGUGCGCUGGCGAGCUGAGCAACGUGGAUGCGGCCGAGCAGCAGGCGAUCUACGCCGCGAUGCAGGAUCAAUUCUUCGAGGGCAACAAGAGGGACAGCGGCGCGUUGGUGGACCUCAUGUCGCCUCCCCGCAAGCGCCUCGCGACGGGCGCCAGGGCUCCCUUCGGGUGCGGCGGGGAGCUCAGCGACGUGGACUUGGCUGAGCAGGCCGCGAUCUACGAGCAGAUCCAGCAGGCGUUCUUCAACCAGAACCAGGUGCUCUCUGGCACGCAGAUAGACCUCACCACUCCGCCCCGUCAGCGCCCUGACACGGCGGGCGACGACUUCGACUUGCAGGCCGAGCUCGAGCGCCACUUAGACUUGGAGGAAGAACGUGAGCGCCAGCUAGCGGAGGAAGCCCGCAAUCAGGCAGCAGAGGACGCCGCGGGCCAGGGCGGCGCCAUGGAGGAGUGA